AGGUGUCGACAUUAACAUCUAGCAGAGCUAUGAUUACUCACAGGGAAGGAAAAAAAAAGAAGUUACGUAUUCAAAAGAAUAGCAGAAUCCCUACUCAAUGUCAUUAUUACCUGUCCUCUAUAAAUACUGAGUACCUGGCCCCAUACACCAAUAUUUAACAGGUACGUUUGAACAGCGCGACACGUCCUCAUCUGAUGACUUUUCGGAUAAAGCAACAAAUGGUAUUUCACGCAUUAUUUGACUAAGCUGUGCAGAGGUAAAUCACAUCAAUAGAGAGCAACCUCGCUUUCUUUGCUCGCUGACUGUGCAGACUGGAUUAACAGGGGUUUCUAAUCAGGCUAAAUCUGAUGCAUAUUUUUAGCUUUAAGAAAAAUAUUUAAAAAAAUAAGAGACUUUUAGAUCCAUUUUGUUUUAUGCUCUGAGCACGAACCUGGUGACCGGCAAUAUUUCAAGUGGAGGCGAUGGUUUUCACAGUGUUAGGUGUUUUUUGUUUGGCGUUGACUGGGUCAGGGGUACUGGGGGCGCAGUUAAUCUGUGGCAGUGUCGCCACAAGUGAAGGCGUGAGAACCUUGUUGCACGGACAGAGAGCAUGUGCUCCGCUUACAGUGGACGAGACAGAGACGGACAAGGGACUGAGGUUCAUCACGUGCAAUUAUGGAACAGUGUUCACACAAUCGUGUCAUUCUGUGUUAAGGUAAGAUGGAGCUUUCAUCUCUGUUACUGGCAAAUGUUCACGCCUACCAUUAUUAUUAUUAUUAUUAUUAUUAUUAUUAUUAUUAUUAUUAUUAUUAUUAUUAUUAUUAUUAUUAUUAUUAUUAUUAUUAUUAUUAUUAUUAUUAUUAUUAUUAUUAUUAUUAUUAUUAUUAUUAUUAUUAUUAUUAUUAUUAUUAUUAUUAUUAUUAUUAUUAUUAUUAUUAUUAUUAUUAUUAUUAUUAUUAUUAUUAUUAUUAUUAUUAUUAUUAUUAUUAUUAUUAUUAUUAUUAUUAUUAUUAUUAUUAUUAUUAUUAUUAUUAUUAUUAUUAUUAUUAUUAUUAUUAUUAUUAUUAUUAUUAUUAUUAUUAUUAUUAUUAUUAUUAUUAUUAUUAUUAUUAUUAUUAUUAUUAUUAUUAUUAUUAUUAUUAUUAUUAUUAUUAUUAUUAUUAUUAUUAUUAUUAUUAUUAUUAUUAUUAUUAUUAUUAUUAUUAUUAUUAUUAUUAUUAUUAUUAUUAUUAUUAUUAUUAUUAUUAUUAUUAUUAUUAUUAUUAUUAUUAUUAUUAUUAUUAUUAUUAUUAUUAUUAUUAUUAUUAUUAUUAUUAUUAUUAUUAUUAUUAUUAUUAUUAUUAUUAUUAUUAUUAUUAUUAUUAUUAUUAUUAUUAUUAUUAUUAUUAUUAUUAUUAUUAUUAUUAUUAUUAUUAUUAUUAUUAUUAUUAUUAUUAUUAUUAUUAUUAUUAUUAUUAUUAUUAUUAUUAUUAUUAUUAUUAUUAUUAUUAUUAUUAUUAUUAUUAUUAUUAUUAUUAUUAUUAUUAUUAUUAUUAUUAUUAUUAUUAUUAUUAUUAUUAUUAUUAUUAUUAUUAUUAUUAUUAUUAUUAUUAUUAUUAUUAUUAUUAUUAUUAUUAUUAUUAUUAUUAUUAUUAUUAUUAUUAUUAUUAUUAUUAUUAUUAUUAUUAUUAUUAUUAUUAUUAUUAUUAUUAUUAUUAUUAUUAUACUUGGUUUUAUAUAGCGUGGUACCCCAGCCUAGGGCUGGACUCACCACGCUGUACAUACACUUUAACAAACAUAAUAGAAAUCUGAAAUAAUUGAUUGACACAUAUUAAUUAAAUAAAGCAAAAUAAAUGUAUAUAUAAAACUAUUUACAUCUCAAGCCAUGGACGACACUCAGUGGCGGUCAGAGGUGGGAAUCAGUCAGGAUAGUAGAGAUUAAAUAGAUCUGUUUUGUGUGCAGUUUUGAAGGUUGUGAUUGUCGGUAUAUUGCUGAUGUGUAAUGGAAGAGAAUUCCAUUGUUUGGGUGCACAGAAAGAGAACGAUCGUUCACCGUAUGUUUUUGUGCGAGUCUUGCGGAGGAGCGAAGCUGUCUAAGGGGUGAAUAGACAGACAGAAGAUCGGUUAGAUAGGAAGGGGAGGAAUUCGAGAAAAAGUUGUGGCAGAGAACAGAGAGUUUGUAGUCAAUUCGUGCUUGUAUAGGGAGCCAAUGAAGUGAAUGAAGUCGUGGUGUGACGAGAUCACCUUUGGAAUUAGCCUAGCGGCUGAGUUUGGAACAUUUUUAUCCCUUGGCUUUGUCUGUCGUUGCCACAUCUCGAUACAUUAAACUUAACUUACUUCUUUGGCACGAUUAAAAUGUAUUUCCAGGAUAAAAUUGACUAAAUUUCCCUUUCCUUCCUAUUUAUUGCCAGGUAUGACGUCUCCUCUGGCACCUGUAACUGGCCUUCAGUCUCCUCGUGCAAACUCCCGGAUGCUGACCCAAAACAUGGUGAGGCAACCAGGACAGUAACAUGAUUGAAAUGUCUUGUCAAAUGAGUCAGUAAGAUGCGAAAUUUGAAUUUAUUUUUUUAAAAAACAACAACAAAUUCUUGAUUUAAAAACAAACUUUUGAUACAGCUCAAUAGCUUCCUUGAUGUAUGUCAAUAGCUUCCUUGAUGUUGUCAAUAGCUUCCUUGAUGUUGUCAAUAGCUUCCUUGAUGUUGUCAAUAGCUUCCUUGAUGUUGUCAAUAGCUUCCUUGAUGUCGGUCAAUAGCUUCCUUGAUGUUGUCAAUAGCUUCCUUGAUGUUGUCAAUAGCUUCCUUGAUGUUGUCAAUAGCUUCCUUGAUGUUGUCAAUAGCUUCCUUGAUGUCGGUCAAUAGCUUCCUUGAUGUCGGUCAAUAGCUUCCUUGAUGUUGUCAAUAGCUUCCUUGAUGUCGGUCAAUAGAUUCCUUGAUGUAUGUCAAUAGCUUCCUUGAUGUUUGUCAAUAGCUUCCUUGAUGUCUGUCAAUAGCUUCAUUGAGGUCUGUCAAUAGCUUCCUUGAGGUAUGUCAAUAGCUUCCUUGAUGUCUGUCAAUAGCUUCCUUGAUGUCUGUCAAUAGCUUCCUUGAUGUCUGUCAAUAGCUUCCUUGAUGUCUGUCAAUAGCUUCCUUGAUGUCUGUCAAUAGCUUUUUGAUGUCUGUCAAUAGCUUCCUUGCUGUCUGUUAUGUAUUAUUAUUGACUAAAUGUUCAACUUUUCAUUCACAUUGACAGACGCCUCAUCCCAAAGUCCCACUACAGCGGCGGCACCAACAACAAGCCGACCUUACAACCCGAGCCCGACCUCCAGUCGGCAGCCGCAGCAAUCAGAUUCUAAGACACCCGCGGGUGCGUCCUCAUCGCCGCCAAGUUACACCCCAGCACAAACGUCAACCACACGCAGACCGACACCCCCAGCUCCCACAGGACCUUGCAACUCUGGCACCUGUAAGCUCCCCAACUGCUUCUGUUACGGGGCCAGACCGAACAUGUCUCUCUCGGACACGCCUAUGUUUCUCAUGUUGACCUUUGACGAUGGGGUCACCGCCCAGCUGUACAACAACUUCUUUCAGCCUUUGUUUGUGGCCAACUCGUAUAGUCUCUACAACCCCAAUGGUUGUGGGAUCAGGUAAGUUGACCAUGGUGUCUGCCCAUGUGUUUAGAGUCAUUGAGAAGCUUGCACCUAUGUUGCCUCGAGUUCACCAUUUAAAAUAAUGCACUCGCCUCCAGUGGUGUACAUAGGGUAAGCGCCACCAGGGGUGGGCCAAGAUUAGUGCCACCAGGGGUGGGUCAACAUUAAGCCCGCCAGGGGUGGGCAAAGGUUUAAGCGCCACCCCUACCCCUGCUUCUCCACGAAAAAAUAAUUUCUGAACCCGUGUCCCAAACCUCCUAGCUAUUAAAACAUCCAAAUCCUAAAACACAAACUUUGGGACGUAGCUUAUAUCCGCCCCUGCGCUGACCGACUCUCCCCCCAGCCCUAUUUUUUUUUAUUUUGCAACGCCACUGCACAAACCCUCAUUUAACGUAGUUCUUUCCAGCAACUCUACCCAUUCGUCAUAAUACAUGCGUAACACAACCACUAACGUGUAUAAUUUACUUAUUCUAUAAUUCUAUAACCUCCAGGAAUGUGGAGCCAAACACGAUGUGUCUCGAUGCGAUGUUUGUGACAGUUCUUAUAUAGAACAUUGUGACAUUUGUUCUAUAGAACAUUAGAUUUGUCUCAUGUUAAUAUUUCAGAACUGCCCUCUACGUUUCCCUUGACAACACAGACUACUCCAAGGUGAAGGUCAUGUACGACGCCGGGAACGAGAUAGCCUCGCACACCGUCCAUCACAUCCUCCCCCAGGGGGACAAGGACAGCGACUACAAGGAAAUGGUGGACGAGGUCAGUGUUGUCAUGUGUACCUGGCCCUCUACCUUUAUAUACCUGGCCCGCUACCUCUAUAUACCUGGCCCUCUACCUCUAUGUACCUGGCCCUCUACCUUUAUAUACAUGGCCCUCUACCUUUAUAUACCUGGCCCUCUACAUCUAUAUACCUGGCCCUCCACAUCUAUGUACCUGGCCCUCUACCUAUAUAUACCUGGCCCUCUAUCUUUAUAUACCUGGCCCUCUACCUUUAUAUACCUGGCCCUCUACCUUUAUAUACAUGCCCCUCUACCUUUAUAUACCUGGCCCUCUACCUCUACCUUUAUAUACCUGACCCUCUACAUUUAUAUACCUGGCCCUCUACCUUUAUAUACCUGGCCCUCUACCUUUAUAUACCUGGCCCUCUACCUUUAUAUACCUGGCCCUCUACCUUUAUAUACCUGGCCCUCUACCUCUAUAUACCUGGCCCUCUACCUUUAUAUACCUGGCCCUCUACCUUUAUAUACCUGGCCCUCUACCUCUAUAUACCUGGCCCUCUACCUUUAUAUACCUGGCCCUCUACCUUUAUAUACCUGGCCCUCUACCUCUAUAUACCUGGCCCUCUACCUUUAUAUACCUGGCCCUCUACCUUUAUAUACCUGGCCCUCUACCUCUAUAUACCUGGCCCUCUACCUUUAUAUACCUGGCCCUCUACCUUUAUAUACCUGGCCCUCUACCUCUAUAUACCUGGCCCUCUACCUUUAUAUACCUGGCCCUCUACCUUUAUAUACCUGGCCCUCUACCUCUAUAUACCUGGCCCUCUACCUUUAUAUACCUGGCCCUCUACCUUUAUAUACCUGGCCCUCUACCUCUAUAUACCUGGCCCUCUACCUUUAUAUACCUGGCCCUCUACCUUUAUAUACCUGGCCCUCUACCUUUAUAUACCUGGCCCUCUACCUUUAUAUACCUGGCCCUCUACCUCUAUAUACCUGGCCCUCUACCUUUAUAUACCUGGCCCUCUACCUUUAUAUACCUGGCCCUCUACCUCUAUAUACCUGGCCCUCUACCUUUAUAUACCUGGCCCUCUACCUUUAUAUACCUGGCCCUCUACCUCUAUAUACCUGGUCCUCCACCUCUAUAUACCUUGUCCUCCACCUCUAUAUAGCUGGACCUCCACCUCUAUAUACCUGGUCCUCCACCUCUAUAUACCUGGUCCUCCACCUCUAUAUAGCUGGACCUCCACCUCUAUAUACCUGGUCCUCCACCUCUAUAUAGCUGGACCUCCACCUCUAUAUACCUGGUCCUCCACCUCUAUAUACCUGGUCCUCCACCUCUAUAUACCUUGUCCUCCACCUCUAUAUACCUUGUCCUCCACCUCUAUAUAGCUGGACCUCCACCUCUAUAUACCUUGUCCUCCACCUCUAUAUAGCUGGACCUCCACCUCUAUAUACCUGGACCUCCACCUCUAUAUACCUGGUCCUUCACCUCUAUAUACCUGGUCCUCCACCUCUAUAUAGCUGGACCUCCACCUCUAUAUACCUGGACCUCCACCUCUAUAUACCUGGUCCUCCACCUCUAUAUUACUGGUCCUCCACCUCUAUAUAGCUGGACCUCCACCUCUAUAUACCUUGUCCUCCACCUCUAUAUAGCUGGACCUCCACCUCUAUAUACCUGGUCCUCCACCUCUAUAUACCUGGUCCUCCACCUCUAUAUUUACCUGGCCCUCUACCUUUAUAUACCUGGCCCUCUACCUUUAUAUACCUGGCCCUCUACCUUUAUAUACCUGGCCCUCUACCUUUAUAUACCUGGCCCUCUACCUUUAUAUACCUGGCCCUCUACCUCUAUAUACCUGGUCCUCCACCUCUAUAUACCUUGUCCUCCACCUCUAUGUAGCUGGACCUCCACCUCUAUAUACCUGGUCCUCCACCUCUAUAUAGCUGGACCUCCACCUCUAUAUACCUUGUCCUCCACCUCUAUAUAGCUGGACCUCCACCUCUAUAUACCUUGUCCUCCACCUCUAUAUAGCUGGACCUCCACCUCUAUAUACCUGGUCCUCCACCUCUAUAUACCUGGUCCUCCACCUCUAUAUAGCUGGACCUCCACCUCUAUAUACCUGGCCCUCCACCUCUAUAUACCUGGACCUCCACCUCUAUUAUACCUGGCCAUCCACCUCUCUAUGCCUGGCACUCCACCUCUAUAUAGCUGGACCUCCAACUCUAUAUACCUGGCACUCCACCUCUAUAUACCUGGCCCCGCCACCUCUAUAUACCUGGCACUCCACCUCUAUAUACCUGGCUCUCCCUCUAUAUACCUGGCACUCCACCUCUUUAUACCUGGCCCCGCCACCUCUAUAUACCUGGCUCUCCAACUCUAUAUACCUAACCCUCUGAUUCUAUAUACCUUGCCCUCCACCUUUAUGUACCUGGCCCUCCACCUCUAUAAACACCUCUGACCCAAGGUCGCCGAGAUUCUUUUAUUCCUAGCUUCUCGUGCUUAUGGUCAUCAACGUCUCAGGGACGAUUGUCCAUUUAAAAAAGACCAUUUGGAACACAAAGUAAACCAAUAAUUUAAUUUGGGAAUAUUCUCAUACAAUAAAUGACAGUUUGAUACUAAUAUGUUGUGUUGCAUUUGAACAUGAACAAGUGAAAAAAUAUGUGGAAUUGACAGCCGACAUUUCUUAGAAAACAAAUAUUAAACUUUUUCAUAAUGAAACUAUUUGUAACCCCUUAAUCUAGGCCACCAACAAAGAGGCCAGAGGCCGUAGUUUAUUAAUUAAAUGAUGUCCUAAUUAAUGUUGCCAGAUCGAAGGCAUGAAACGACAGGUUCUCAAAGAGACCGGGGACAAGGCCCUGGUUGACUCUAUUAUUGGGUUUCGCGCCCCCUACCUCCGUGUGGCCGGCGAUGUCCAGUUUGACGUGCUUAGAGACUAUGGCUUCCUGUAUGACACGUCUGUGACUAACAUUGAGGCUUCAACAGGACGUCCUCCUCUGUACCCAUUCACCUUUGAUUACUUGAUAGGACGGUAACGUACACUGAUUACUUGAUCGGACGGUAAUGUACACUGAUUACUUGAUUGGACGGUAAUGUACGGUGAUUACUUGAUUGGACGGUAAUGUACAUUGAUUACUUGAUAGGACGUUAAUGUAAAUAAUUACUUGAUAGGACGUUAAUGUAAAUGAUUACUUGAUAGGAUGGUAAUGUAAAGGAUUACUUGAUAGGACGGUAAUGUAAAGGAUUACUUGAUAGGAUGGUAAAGUAAUUGAUUAUAACUGAUAUAGUUUCUUAAUAAUUUAAUAAAAUACUUUCUCUCAGUUGUGUCAACCCUCCGUGUCUAGUCAAGUGUCUCUAUUAAGUCAAAGCUGUCAAUCUACUGUUUCAGUUGUGUCAACCCCCCAUGUCCAACCAAGAGUUACCCUGGUAUAUGGGAGGUGCCACUCAACUCAUGGGUUGGUGACAAUGGCUACGCCUGUAGCAUGGUGGACGCUUGCUCUGUUGGCACAAGCUACUUCUCAGACUCUGAGACACAGUGGUACAAUCUGUACAAGUAAGUCACUGUGUACAAUCGGUACAAGUGUGUCAGAUAAAGAGAGGUAAAAUCUGUACAAGUGAGUCAGAUAAAGAGUGGUAAAAUCUGUACAAUUGAGUCAGAUAAAAAGUGGUAAAAUCUGUACAAGUGAGUCAGAUAAAGAGUGGUAAAAUCUGUGCAAGUGAGUCAGAUAAAAAGUGGUAAAAUCUGUACAAGUGAGUCAGAUAAAGAGUGGUAAAAUCUGUACAAGUAAGUCACUGUGUACAAUCGGUACAAGUGUGUCAGAUAAAGAGAGGUAAAAUCUGUACAAGUGAGUCAGAUAAAGAGUGGUAAAAUCUGUACAAGUGAGUCAGAUAAAAAGUGGUAAAAUCUGUGCAAGUGAGUCAGAUAAAGAGAGGUAAAAUCUGUACAAGUGAUUCAGAUAAAGAGUGGUAAAAUCUGUACAAGUGAGUCAGAUAAAAAGUGGUAAAAUCUGUGCAAGUGAGUCAGAUAAAGAGAGGUAAAAUCUGUACAAGUGAGUCAGAUAAAGAGUGGUAAAAUCUGUACAAUUGAGUCAGAUAAAAAGUGGUAAAAUCUGUACAAGUGAGUCAGAUAAAAAGUGGUAAAAUCUGUACAAGUGAGUCAGAUAAAGAGUGGUAAAAUCUGUACAAGUGAGUCAGAUAAAAAGUGGUAAAAUCUGUACAAGUGAGUCAGAUAAAGAGUGGUAAAAUCUGUGCAAGUGAGUCAGAUAAAAAGUGGUAAAAUCUGUACAAGUGAGUCAGAUAAAGAGUGGUAAAAUCUGUACAAGUGAGUCAGAUAAAGAGAGGUAAAAUCUGUACAAGUGAGACAGAGAUAGAGUGGUACAAUAUUUGCAAGUAAGUCAAAGAUAGAAUUUGUAAAAUCUUUACAAGUGAGUCAAUGUGUACAAUCUGUACAAGUGAGUCAGAUAUAAAGUGGUACAAUCUGUACAAGUGAUUCAGAUAUAGAUUGGUAAAAUAUGUACCCGUAAGUCAGACAUAGACUUUGUACAAUCUUUACAAGUGAGUGAGAGAAGAAGUGUUAUACUAUUUACAAGUGAGUGAGUGUGUACAAAUUUGUACAAGCAAGUCAGAUAUAGAGUGGUACAAUACGUACGUAAGUGUGUCACAAUCUUUACAAAUAGAUCUAAGUUAAAGUGGUACAUUUUGAACAAGUAGGCUAAUAUGGUACAAUUUAUACAAGAAAGUCAGAGAUAGGGUCAUACAUUCUUUACUAGAAAGUUAGCAUGGUACAAUCUGUACAAGUCGGUCAGCAUGGUACAAUCUGUACAAGUAAUUCACCACGGUACAAUCUGUACAAGUAAGUCAGCAUGGUACAAUCUGUACAAGUGAGUCAGUAUGGUACAAUAUGUACAAGUAAGUCAGCAUGGUACAAUCUGUACAAGUGAGUCAGUAUGGUACCAUCUGUACAAGUAAGUCAGCAUUGUGCAAUCUGUACAAUUAGGCUUGUAUGACCAGUUGCAUGAUUUCAUGACGUCCAUAGAGGGCAGGAUGAGACUCAAUGAUAUGUACAACCUACUUCUUAUUGUUAGAGGAGACAGUCACACACAAACCUACUUCUUAUUGUUAGAAGAGACAGACACAUACAAACCUACUUCUUAUUGUUAGAGGAGACAGUCACAUACAAACCUACUUCUUAUUGUUAGAGGAGACAGUCACAUACAAACCUACGAUACUUCUUAUUGUUAGAGGAGACAGUCACAUACAAACCUACUUCUUAUUGUUAGAGGAGACAGUCACAUACAAACCUACUUCUUAUUGUUAGAGGAGACAGUCACAUACAUUGUACUUGUGAUAAGAGUGUUGAACUGCGAUGAAGCUUUAACAUAGAAUCUUUAGACACGAACAAUUUGUGUCAAUAUAACAAUUUAUGUACAGCUUUAAUAAUAAUUGGACCUAAUCCACAAGUCAAUGUGCCUUCAUCGGUAAAACAAGCCAAAAACCCAUUUCAAUAAGUACAAGUUAAAUUAACAUAAUAUAUAAAUGCAAGUAUCCUACCUUAAAAAAAAAGAAGUAUUUGUGAUCUGUGUAUGUCUAUGCAAAACGUGAUCUGUGUAUGUCUUUCCAUAACGUGAUCUGUUUACGUCUUUCCAUAACGUGAUCUGUGUAUGUCUUUUGAUUUAAAAUGAUCUGUGUACGUCUUUCUAUAACGAGAUAUGUGUAUGUCAUUCCAUAACGUUAUGUGUGCAUGACUUCAUAGUUCACAUCUAGAAACUCAUUUCUCUUGCAGGAAAAACUUUGAGAAGUAUUUCUACCCUGUCAAGGUGCCUAUGCCUUACUUCACACACGGUUCCAUGUUUCUUCGGUCCUCCGCCUCUUACACAGCCCUUGUGUCCUGGCUCCAAGAUCUUUUACUGACCCAUGAUGACGUAUGGGUGGUUACUCCGAAGCAAGUACUGGACUGGAUGAGAAAUCCCUUGACUAACGCCCAGAUGAAAGCUCAAAGAUGGGGAUGCUAGUUAAACAUUAGUUUAGGCAUCUUGUAUCAAAUAUUUGCUCAAAUAAAUGAAUAAAAUUUUGAAAACACAUUCAUCG